UCCAACCAGUUUUCCCCACCAUUCCAUGUAUUCAGAAAGACCAGAGGGAAAAAAACUCGUUCCUCCAUUCUGUCUGUCACUCAGCCGUGCAGCUCAACGGAAUCGCGAUUGGCUAAAAGUCGACGGAGUCGGUCAUAACAGUAGGUUAAUGUUAAUUAAAAUAAAAUUUUAAUGACUUUAUACCCAUGAAAAGCACGACGACUCGAUUUCAGCGGACUUCAAGAUACUUUAUCGACUCCAAGAAGCAAUGAAAACAGAUUUUUCGAAAAUUGUGCAGCCCAAGAACUCUUAAGAUUUUGCGCUUGGAACAGAGGCCAGCCAUAAAGCAGAUAAGCCACACAGAACAAUUGCCACUACUCCAGAAUUGUGGAAGGUGUGUGGAGACCAUCAUGUCGUCAAAGAUGCAGAGUUCCAAUAACACAGCCCAUGCCAGGAGGACAGUCCAGCAGCUGAGAAUAGAGGCCAGCAUUGAGAGGAUUAAGGUGUCCAAGGCCUCAGCAGACCUGAUGCACUAUUGUGGAGAACAUGCUAAAUACGACCCUCUACUCAUGGGCAUCCCAGCCUCUGAAAACCCCUUCAAAGACAAGAAGCCGUGCACUAUAUUAUAGUAGCGGGACAGCUGAAAUCUCUUUGCUUUUUUAUUUGUAUAUUAUUUUAUAGAGAGAAAUAUGACAUUAAUACCGGUACACUAUUUGCCUUAAGGCCAGCCCAGCCCCACUCCCCCUAUUUCCUUGUGCUUUCGGUUGAUUCCCAAAUGUUAUCCUAGGGCCCAUAGGGCUCUGGUAAAACAAUUGUGCACUAUAUAGGGCAUAGGGUGUCGUUUUUGGACUCUUAUAAACAAGUGCAAUUUUGGUAGGAUCAGAAUCAUUGGUGUGCUCUCUCUUUAUCAGAAACAACUAAGACCAAAUAGCACCAUGAGACAAAAUGUAACAGGUCAUUGGUGACCCAGAAACAAUAUUUUAGUUUAGUUCAAUCAGUUAUGAAUGAAUGAAAGCUCAUUCUGAGGCUCCUCUCUACAGAGACUGGUGUUCUUUCAGAUUGUUAUCUCAUGUUAUGCAGACUAAAUACAUGGUUUGAACUAGGGGUUCCCAACUCUGUAAUGUUCACAUCAGCCAGAGCAUAAAUAAUGCCAAUGGCCCUGAAGUAUAAAGCAUUGCACUUGCACCACACUAUAGUUAAACCUUUCAGCUCCUGAUUGCAUCAUCAGUCCCCACACAGUAGCUUCUUUGGGAAACAAUCAGUCUAGUUUGUAUAUUACUGAUAAGCCUGUAAUAACCCCAUUAUGUAAAUCACCCAGUCCCAUGACACAGGAGGACUCUAAAACCAGUGCUGACGGGCUGGUAAGCUAUGCUGUGUCCCAAAUGGCACCCUAUUCCCUAUAGAGUGAACCACUUUUGAUCAGAGCCCUAUGGACCCUGGUUAAAAUGUGUGCUCGAAAGGGAAAAGGGUGCCAUUUGGGACUCAGCCUGUGAAUGUCCCGUCACAACAGGAGAGGGUGCCUGUCGUUUUGUAAGGGAAAGUGUAUGGCUUGCAGCAAUAGCCUCACGAACUGGCAGGUUUAACCAGCAUUGUUUUGUUUCUGCAAAGAUGUCAGAGAUCGUUUCAUUUUCAGGUGGGGGUAGAUUCAAACUAUCCCACUUCUAUGUUUUUUGUGAUGAAAGAAUGACUCUUUAAACUUUAAAUACUAUUUUUUAUCUCUUGUGAAUUUGCCAUGCCUUUGCCUUAGAAACCAAACUUUGUGACUUUGCAUAGUUGUCUUACUUGUAUGUGGUACAGUAGAUAGGUAAUGUAGCAGCAAUAUGAAGUGUUGCAGAUACCAUUUAACCCUUUACAUUAUUUUACUAUGCCUUACAUUGAUGUAAAAGUUAUUGUUCCAUAAUGAUGUCUCUAUUUGGCUGAAGGAGAAGAAGUUAAGAUCACAAUCACGGCUAUCCAAUGUACAGAUGUAGGAUCGUAAUUUGAUCACCCUGUUGUUGCAGGACAUUUCCUGCACAGCAAACUUGCAGUGUAUUUGAGGUUUUAAAAAGGGUUCUAAAGUUUGUCAUUUCCACUUUAAUAUGAUAGAUUGGAUUUGCCCUAACUAAAAAUGUAUCAAAAAUGUCCAUUAACUAUAAUCCACAUAAUGAUUCACAUUUCCUGUUGCUGCAGGAUUCUUUUCCUGCUGUGAAAAACUGUUAUUAAGACGCUACAUCUGUACCAGCACCAGAGGAAACUGGGUGCUAAUCUGUUUGUGCUAUCAUGCCAACUCCUUAACACAUUGUAGUGGCAAACAAAGAUAAAAACUGUCUUGACAAGGACAUCAAUGGAGUAAGCAAGAGCACAGACAGAUCUGGUACCAAGCUAGAAAUGUAAAGGUUUUCUGAUUUGUAUUUUAUUGCCAGUGCUUUUAAAGUGAUUCACUGUAAUAACUUUUUAUUGAUAGAUGUACAACUUCUAUUCUGACAGGGAUUCUGUGAUCCAUCGUGAAAUUUGUGACAACUGUUAUUAUGAUCUCUUCUUGAGUGUGAACAUUCCAUGUUUACAACAGCUGCUCCAUUGUCUUCUUUUCAACUCUCUGAAUGGUCAUGUGUUGAAUAAUAAUUGUGGUUUUGUGUUUGGGAGAAUGUCUUUUUUUUGUCUGUGCACGUGACUGUCAAAGGCAACUCGGAGACCAUGGUCGUGUUCAUUAGGGCGGACAAUAGCAAAACCGAAAACUAAAACAAUUAGGCAAGUUCAGGUACAUACCUGGUUUGCUUCGUUUUCUACCAAAUGAACAUGACCCAGCUUAACCAGCCAGGGCCUUAGUAUUAAAGUAGUCUCGUUUUGACAUUUCACCACUACUUUUUAGCCACACUCUUCAAACAACACUAUACUAAUACUGUGAACAACUGAACCAAUACAUCCCCAGUGGAUGCAGGGAGCACAUCUUUGAAGUGCUUGUCGCUAUUCAUCUGUCAGUAUCAUUAUUGGCAAUACAAUAAGUUGCUCUUAUACCAGUGGGUUAAAGCCUAUAAUUACUAUAGACUGCUAUAUGUAGAGACAGAUGGCAGCACCAACUGAAACGUCCCCUCAUAGUAGGCUAUUUGCCUCCAUAUUCUGUGUAAUCUUGGCAACCUACAAUCGAAAAUCUCAUGUCAAAUACUAUUUACAUUAAGUAGUCUGUCCACAAGAGAUUAUAUUCGGUGUGGCUUUGAAAGCUCGCUUAAAGUUGUGGGUUCCUGUAUGAUGUGUUUCUGCACUUGCUUCUUCUCGCUGUUAUGUCACUGCAUAUACAUAUACAAUAAAAAGCCAAUGCUAUGUUGA